CAUAGCCUACUGUGGAACUCGUGUUACGCCACUGUUUGACCACCACUAAUAAAAAUAAUCGUAAUGUGGCUUGUUUUACUCGAAGAUUACGUUAGUUUAGUGAUGACAACGAAAACACGCAUUUAAUUUUAAACACAGCACAAACAGAUUUUAAAUAAUUGCUUUUUACCGGAGAUUGCCACUGCGCAGGUGCACAGCUGUCAAACUCCAGUACGUCAAAGUCAAACGUCACCUCUACACUCUAACCUCAAAAUGUGGGGGCUGCAAUACGACGAAAACGUCCACGACAACCCCUUUUUCAACGAAAUAAUAACGCACCAUGGUGACCUAGUGGUUAAAGCGUCACAAGAAAAGUGGGUUAUUUGCAUCCCCCGAGCCGGGGUUAUCGAGCCCAGUGAAAUCCAGGUCGACAGUAUCCUGGACCAUAUUUUGGUUUCCACGGCCUCAAACGUGUGCUUCACGCUAAGUAAAAAACAAGUGUCAAUCCAAAACAAAGAAAUCACGACCGCUGAGCAUCCGUCCACGCCCAUCCGCAUUCUUUUCGAGGAAACCUGCUACAUCGAAGGUCUCAAAUACACGAUCUUUUGCCUAGACAGGCCUCUCUUUAUCUCGCGGCCUAUCUGCGAAGAUAACAGAUUUCGCGUACUCGAGACGCUGCACGACUGCAUCGAUUUCAUAUGGAGCGAGAACUUGAGCCACGUUUUGAUUAAAAUCCAGAAGCUGUGUUCGAGUUUUGUUGAGCAGAACCGCGGACUGGCGAUGGAGAAUCUUCAGAACCAGAAGGACUUAAUCGGGAGUUUGUUCUCGCAGUGUUUGCAAAUCGUGCUUAAAAAUCGAACUUUGAGUGAUGACUGUGAGAAUAUUAAAAUCGCGGUGGAGACGUACAUGCAGAGUUGUUUGGACCGGGCUUUGGUGAAAGCCGUGAAUACCGUGACGUGUUUUGGUGACGCCACGCUGAACAAAACCGUGCGCAACUGUAGCGACUUACAGUUGAGGGAUUUAAAUAUCCCAUUGAAGUUCUGUGAUAUUGUAACGAGCGCUAGAAGCGAACUCAGUAAAAUAAAUAAUUAUGUAACGAUUCUGGACAAGGUUAAUUGUCUAAAAUUAACUUUUAAUCACUUGUACAGUACGAGUAUUUGCCUCACUUCUGACGAUAUUCUGCAAAUUUUAGUCUUCCUAAUAGUCAAGUUAAACAUCAGCAACUGGACGUCUAACUUAGUUUACUUAACUCAUUUCCAAUUCAGCUCUCUCAAUGUUUCUAAUGAGACUAAUUUCCUAAUCACAUCACUUGAAGCAGCUUUAGAAUUCAUCAAAAGCGACGAAUUCAACAAAAUCAAAUCUAGUCAACAAACGGAAAACCCGGUUUUUCAGGCAAUCAUCACGAACGACUUGACGCAACUGCAGGACUUGUUGAAGUGCAAAAAGUCGAAGAAGAGCGACGCCAAUUUAUGCCAUCCACUGUGCGAUUGCGAAAGAUGCACGAAAUCGAUCGGUUCUAGUCACAACGUUACCAUGUUCAACGAAAAAGGGCAAAGCCUUCUGACUUACGCAACCACCGUGGAUCGGCCAGAAAUGGUCGAAUUUUUGAUUAGCAUCGGUGCCGAGGUCAAUUCCUGCGACUAUUUCGGGAAGACCCCAUUGCAUUACGCUUGUGCGAAAGGUUACCAAGACGUCUUACUGAUUCUGAUGAACUGUAAAGCCGACGUGAAUGCCAAAGACCAUGAUGGUAAUACUCCAUUGCACGUGGCUUGCAACAACGGCCACGAAAAUUGUGUCAAAGCUUUAUUCUACACGUCGAAGACCUUAGAUAUUAAUUGCAUCAAUAAAUAUGGGGACACUCCUUUGCAUUUAGCCAUCAAAUGGAAUUACGUCGGCAUUGUCCGAUCAUUACUCGAGAACCACGCCGUCGCUAAUGUGGCUAACAAAAAGAGUCAACAACCACUGAAUCUGGCGCAAAAUUACUACACCGAGCGUUUACUGAAACAGUUUAACGCCCAUCUAGACUCAUUAGAUGAGCCGGAAUUUACCCAUCCCAGCGCCUCCACCAAAUCUAGUCACUGCAAAGACCACGGAAUUCGAGCCAAAGGGGUCGAACAACUAAAAAAAAUCGAUCUGCUUCUCAAAGCCAUAGAAAACAACGAUUUCCCGUUAACUUGCUUCUACUUAGGUUUCCCCAAUGGGUCGACCACGUACGAUUUCCAGUCAAAGUGCCACCCGUUGUGUAACUGCGAAAAAUGUGACGAUUUGGAAAGCAGUCCAGACGUGGUAGUGGAACGAAUUAACGUCAACACUUGCAAUAUUGACGGCUUCACUCCUUUGCAUUUCGCCGCCAAGUAUGGAAGGACCGAACUUUUACGAAUCCUCUUGGACUCACAGGCGCUUCCAAACUUGAAAACUUACAAAACUCUGCAGACUCCCCUUCAUUUGGCUUGUAUUUAUCGAAGGCUUCUGGUGGUCAAGGAAUUGGUUAAAUGUGGUAACUGUGAAGUGGAUACUCAGGAUUACAAAGGAAACACGCCCUUAUACUACGCAUGCGUGAAAAAUGACGUCAAAAUCGUGGAAGUCCUGUUGAGCAAUGGCGCCAGCUGCGAUGUUAAAAACUAUCAAGGGACGUCGAUUAUCAAAGAAGUGCAAGAGAAAACCCUCUUCGGGAUUUCCUCUCUCUUGAAAAAGGAAAGCGAGGAAAAUGACUUCUUGUGAGGACUAAUAAAUUUUAUACUUUUUU